AUAAGGAUAACUGAUGACGAUGACCGAAAAAGCCAGAGAUUUCUAGAAAGCAUAAACAAAAACAAAACAAUUCAUUCGAUUGGUGAAGAGAAUUCAUCGCAGAGAAUUAGAGAGGAAAAAUGAAAAACACAAGCGCUGAAUAACGAAAAUAAGAGAAACUACUUGGGGUUGGGGAGUGAGUUAAAGAGCAAUACAAAUUAUUUAAGAGAUUAAGACCUGGAAAGGCGUAGAAUUUUCUCGUAAUUUACGAAAUUCCUAUAAAAACAUUUUCUCCGAGCAAAGAAUUCAUCAGUUUAUUCAAAGCAAGAAUAAGAGCAACUUUUGUAAAGAAUCUAAGUCGCUUAAAACCUAAAAAUACCUUUUAAAACAAAAAGUAUCUACAUACAUAUAUACAAUUUUUGCGAGUAUACAUAAAAUUUUUUUGAAGAAGUAAAAUAAAAAGUUCUAGCAAAAUGUCUUCACUUCAAUUACUUUUGGAUUUGGCUGAAAACUUGGAUAGCAUGUCAUCACCAUACUAUGGAAGCGAUUUCGGACUAGGCCUCAAUCCACUCGUUAUUCAACGUAGUCAACGUCCCAGUGUUUUUCGUCUACCGCUGGGAUUGACAAGCCACAUGGAAGAUUGUCCUGUCUUGAUGCGUCGCUCUAAGGUUGCUAGCCAAAACUCCUCAGCAGUCUCUAAUGUUGGAAAAGAUGGAUUCCAGGUUUGCAUGGAUGUGCAACAAUUCAAACCAAGCGAAUUGUCUGUAAAAGUAGUGGACAAUGCUGUAGUUGUCGAAGGCAAACAUGAAGAGCGUGAAGACGAUCAUGGAUACAUCUCACGACAUUUCGUUCGACGUUAUGCUGUUCCAAAGGACUACGAUUCAGAGAAGGUGGUUUCGACAUUGUCAUCGGAUGGUGUUUUGACUAUAAGCAUUCCAAAGCCAGCUAUUGAAGAAAAGCCAAAUGAGAAAAUCAUUCAAAUUCAACAAACAGGACCGGCUCAUUUGAAUGUCAAGUGCAACCAGCAGGAGAAACAAACGAAAAAUGCCGAAGGUGAAAAGGCACAAAAUUGAAGCAAAAAUUAAAUUUAUUCUUAAUGGUUAUGUUACCUUUAUAUUUAGACUGCCAGUACUUUUAAAUAGAAUAACUAGAUGUAGUCCUUAUUAUUUAUAAUAAUUUUUACUUUAAGUACCUUUUCUCUUUAAUAAAAAAAAAUCUAAAUUAA